CAGACAAUUAUUUGGAUGUUGAAGUUAUGAUUAAAACUACUAAAAAAGUUGAAUUUUAUAUAUGGAAAUCACUACUUCACAAUAUUCAUCCUGCAUAUGAUAAAAGUAAGCAUUGGGCAUCACAUCUUAUCAUUAAUCCUGUAACUAGCAAACCAUGGUUUUUUUUAAAUAAUUUAAUACAUGUUUUCAAGAAGUUAAGAAAUAAUGUUUCUAAAAGUCACACUGAUAGUAAUGAAGACAAAAGUGCUACUAAAUUGACUAAGCAACAUAUAUGGCUUACUUCUUGGAGUAAAAUGAGAGUAGACUUUGCAGAGUAUACAUUAUCAUUUGAUUUACUUAUCCUUCAACUCUUUGAAAAACAUAUUGAAUAUGAGCCAAAUAUUCUAACUUAUAUUGAUAAGAAUCUUAUAAGCAAACAACUUUUAAAGAAGCAAUUUAAUAGCCUUUUGCAAAUAGCAUAUGAAAAACAAGAAUCAUUUUUAGAAUUCACACUUAAUUAUAUAGAAUUAUCAAAAGAAACAGAAGAUUAUUUGUUAAUGUGUUCAUUUAGUUUGCAAGAAAAUGUUAAGACAAUGAAUACAGAUUUAAAAAAUAAUGUAAAAAAAGAUAAAACUCCUAAAAUAAAAGCUAUAACAUUUAAGAAACGAAUGCUACCAAAAGAUCAUCAUUUGGCACUUG